CUCCCGCCGGUGUAGAAACCAAAGCUCGCCCUUGCAUCGCAUGAGCUCUUCUUGCAUCAUUUUUUUUUUGGCUCCCACCUCUCUCCCGAGUCCGUCGCCGACAAUCCGUCUUGUAAGCCCUUUGUCCUCCGCUUUGAUUGCCUCUGGACCACCGUCAGGGCUGCUAAAGCCAGAACGCAGUCAGAACGCGAAGCGCCGACGUACGGUACCUCUUCAGCUCGUAUUCGACGAAAAGCUUGUCCUUCCACCCAAGCCGUCCCACCGCACCGGCAGCCCUGCCGAUCAAGUCUACGGCCUCCGACGACCGCGCCUUACGAGCUUGUUUCGACGUGCUUCCGAGCACAGAAUAAAAGGGGCAGUGGUCGGGACACGAAAGCUGCCUGCCUUCCUGCUCCACCAGCCGAAGCGGCACCCGACCGACGACUCGCCCAGGCCUUGACGAGGUCUCGCGCUUCACCCUGCACCUACAACUUUGAGCCGAACAGCGGUUCUAACCUCGCCGCGGCCCCAAUUGAGAGUGUUGCGUGAGGAGCUGGCUCUGUUUCACCAUGGCGAGCGCGAAUCCCCAGAAUGUCAUCCGCAGGAAACUGGUCAUAAUCGGAGACGGUGCCUGCGGCAAGACGAGUCUGCUGAGCGUCUUCACCCUCGGCUAUUUCCCAACACAUUACAUCCCCACAGUCUUUGAGAACUACGUGACCGACUGCAGAGUAGACGGCAAGUCCGUACAGCUGGCUCUCUGGGAUACAGCCGGCCAGGAAGACUAUGAACGAUUACGACCCCUCGCGUACUCCAAGGCGCACGUAAUCUUAAUAGGCUUCUCAAUUGACACGCCCGAUUCCCUGGACAAUGUCAAGCACAAGUGGAUCGAGGAGGCAAUGCGCCUGUGCACUGGGGUGCCCAUCAUUCUCGUGGGACUGAAAAAGGACCUUCGCGAAGACCCUGUCGCCGUUGAAGAGAUGCGGAAGAAGUCCUUGCGAUUCAUCACACCCCACGACGGCGAGGUAGCAGCCCGUGAGGUCGGUGCCAAGAGAUACCUCGAGUGCUCGAGUCUCAGCGGCGAGGGUGUCGAUGACGUCUUCGAGGCCGCCACGCGCGCCGCCUUGUUGACUUUUGAAAAAGGGGAGGGGUCUGGCUGCUGCGUCGUCCUAUAGUGCCCCCGUGCAGCGGGACCAUCCCGUCAUCUGUCGUGCGGGCAGUCAGUCAGCCCUAUGGGAACGACGAGUCCGGACCUGUGGACCAGGGGAGCAAGAAUCAACAACACCGAAUGCAGCACCGACAGGGGUGCCUUAACGGCCUUGGACAUCACAUCACCUUUUGCGUCGCGGCCGUGAAUGGCCUUGGGAAAAGCGCAGUGCGCAGGCCCUCCAGCCCCCCCUGGGCUCGCACUCCGCACACCCUGGUGGCACGCACGCACGCACGCGGCAUUAGCAUGUCUUUCUUGGAUUGUUUCGGCAAGCGAACUCUUUGUGCAGUCUCUUUCCCCCUUCGCCCU